AGGAGCCUUGGGAAGUUUUUGGCCCUUUCCGAAGCUCGGUGGCGGUUUUGCAUUUCGCUUUGGAGUUUUUUUUAAAAAAUAAAACUCUUGUUUCCUCCUCCCCUUUUCCUUUAACCUCUUUUUUUUCCCCUCCCCUCCUCCUUUUUCUCUCCUCUGGCCACUUCCUUUUGGCCUUCCUUUCGAGCCAUCCAUCCAGAGGCAGGAAAGAAAGAAAGAAAGAAAAUCAGAACUGGAAACACCGUUUUUCUAGGGUCUUUUUUUUCUUUUUCUUGUGGGGGCUUUCGUUGAUCUCUCUGCUCUUGUGACUGUGUCUUUGGGGGACCAAGAAACAGAUCGGUGUUUUUUUUUUCUUUCGCUUGCCUGGAACUUUUCCUCUCUGCCCUCCUCUUAAGUUGUUCUAAUUCUAUAUUUUGACUUGAAAAGGGGGAAUAAGAAUAACUUCGACUUCUCUUUUUCUCCCCACUUUUCUUUAAAACCACAUAUUUUAAAAAAAACUCUAAAAAAGAAGACACCCUUUCCCCCCCCAAAAAAUGCCGUUCUCUAACUUUGGACGCACCCCGAGUUGAGGGUCCAGGAAACAAGAGAGACAGACUUUUUUUUGGGGGGGCUGCUCCCCUCCCUUCCAGGAAGUGGGGAGGGGAGAGCUGGAGGGAGAAAAAAAGCAAUUUUUAUUUUCUUUGAUCCGUGUCUGGGGGACGCCGCGGGCGGCUUCACGCGUCUCUUCACCUCCGUGUCAGCGCCGGAACGUGGGAGCGCGGCAGGAUGGCGGCCGAGCUGAGCCCCGAAGAGGAACAGGCCACCAAGCAAUUUCUGGAAGAGAUCAACAAGUGGACGGGCCAGUACAAUGUCUCUCCCCUCUCCUGGAACGUGGCGGUCAAGUUCCUCAUGGCCAGGAAGUUUGAUGUCCUCCGAGCCAUUGAGCUUUUCCACUCCUAUAGGGAAACCAGGCUGAAGGAGGGAAUUGUGAAGCUGAAGCCCCACGAAGAACCCCUCCGCUCAGAGCUGCUCAGUGGGAAGUUCACGAUCCUAAGCGUACGAGACCCGUCCGGAGCCUCCAUCGCCCUCUUCACGGCCAAGCUGCACCACCCCAACAAAAGCGGGUAAAGGGUCCCUGUUGAAAACUUGCUCUUACUCGCCUCUCCGGUCACAUCCAGCUUCGAAACUCAGAGGAACGGCCUGGUGUUUAUAUACGACAUGGCAGGCUCUCACUACACCAACUUCGAACUAGAUCUGAGUAAGAAGAUCCUCAACCUGCUGAAGGGUGCCUUCCCAGCCCGCCUGAAGAAGGUCUUCAUUGUGGGCGCCCCUAUGUGGUUCCGGGUUCCUUAUUCCAUCAUCAGCCUCCUGUUGAAAGAGAAGCUCCGAGAAAGGGUUCAGAUGGUGAAGAUGUCCGAGCUGAAGGAACACCUUCCCCGAGAGUGUCUCCCCGAGUAUUUGGGGGGAUCCCUCAAACUGGAUCCCCUCAACUGGAACGGCAGGUUCCUCCCGCAGCAGAACGGUCACCCGGACCCUCUCGACGAGCUGAUCCUGGUACCGCUGGCUUCCCCUCGUGACAACGGCUCGGUGCACGUCCCGGGCCCGAAGGGCAUGACGGUGCAAGGGGUCUUGGAGCACGUCAGCCGCAAGCAGAAGCGAGGGAUCUACGAGGAGUACGAGGCCAUCCGGCGCAGGAGUCCCUCGGGCAGCUUCGCUUGCUCUUUAGCGCCUUUCAACCAAGAGAAGAAUCGCUAUGGAGAUGUGCCCUGCCUGGACCAAACCAGGGUGAAGUUGUCCAAGCAGUUCAGCCACCACGAGCCGACAGAUUACAUCAACGCCAGUUUCAUGGACGGCUACAAGCAGAAAAACGCUUACAUCGGCACUCAAGGUCCCCUAGAGAACACGUACCCUGACUUCUGGCGCAUGGUUUGGGAGCAGAACGUGCUGGUGAUUGUCAUGACCACAAGGCUUGAAGAAGGGGGCAGAAGGAAAUGCGGCCAGUACUGGCCAUUGGAGAAAGAUUUCCAGGCCUCUUACGGAAACCUAACGGUCACCAACCUCGGAGUGGAGAACCUAAACCAUUACAAGAAAACCAUUCUGGAGAUCUACCACUGUGAGAGUCGGGAGAGACGCCUUGUGACACAUUUCCAGUACGUGAGCUGGCCUGACUAUGGCGUGCCGUCCUCUGCCACGACCCUCAUCGACUUCCUGAGGGCUGUCAAGCAGCAACAGAGGGUGGCCGUCCACGCCUUGGGGCCGCGGUACAAAGGACACCCCGGGGGCCCACCCAUAGUGGUGCACUGCAGUGCCGGCAUUGGGCGAACAGGGACUUUCUGCGCCUUGGAUAUCUGCCUGUCCCAGUUACAGGACGUGGGCACCCUGAACGUCCAGGAGACGGUGGUGCGCAUGAGGACGCAACGGGCCUUCAGCAUCCAGACCCCAGAGCAGUACUAUUUCUGCUACAUGGCCAUCAUUGAGCAUGCGCAGAGAGAAAACCUCCUCCCUCCCUCCCACACCCGGGUUGGCCUGGAGAAAAGCUAAUAGAAAGGUGACGAUUCGGCAGCAGCCGGGGGCUGCUCUGCGGUAGACUUCCUUCCUCCUUCCACCUUGGACCAGUCUGGACUCGCCCGCACCCUCUUGACGUUUGCCAAGAACUCUUGACGCGACCCAAAUUUCCUCGGCCGUCACGGCUGUGGGCGAAGCCUUCCUUUGGACGAGCGGGCCGGGACGAGUGGCAGCCGGUGGCCCUUUGGCGACCAAGGCUGGUCUUCUUUCAUGGACCCGCGCCCUUGACUGAACUGUGCCUUAUUCAACACCCCCCCAAAACCAAACAUGCAGCCUCGCCUGCAGCUGGAGGCACGUGGGGAUGGGGGGGAACACAGUGGACUCCUUGCUGGGGGUAAGCAGUGUCCUCCUUUUGAAACUCUGGCAUGGCUGGGAAGUUGGCGUUGACUUCAUGACCUCUCGAGUCUCUUCCAGUUGGACCAUCCUUAAUGGAGAGGACACCCCCACUCCCACCCCCUGGCCGCUUAGAUACUGUAGGAAGCCUUUUCAGGAGAAAAGGAUUAACCCGGACACUUCAGUCUUACGCACCACUCAAUCACUACUCUGUAUGAAUGUUACACGUGGUUCUCGUACCGGCGUGCUGUAGCCAGUAUUCCUGUUCAAUAUUCUCGAUGCAGACACUUGUAGCCGGAGUCUCAUAGUCUCGUACCGUCUAUAAGUCCAGUGGCCUCUUUUUUUCCGUGGCAGCGUCCAGUGUUAUAGUGGACACGGGUUUGCCCUUCCCUCCCCCCCCCCACAAUGCGCACAUUUCGAGGUGCUCGGUGGUGGUGCCGAUGACACCCAACGGCUUCCAGGAGACCACCGUCGGGGAGGGCAGCUGUGCGAACGGGGGCUGUGGUCCCGAAGCCUUUCCAAACAGACGUGGAUGCUCUGCGCCAGACCUAGGACACGAUUAUUUAAAAGUGCAAGCUGUUUUUUUUUCUUUCUUCUUCCAUGCCUGCUUUUUUUUUUAACUUCCGUUUAAACUUGGAGGGAGCUGGAGAGGCAAGGGGGGGUUAACCCUUGAGUGAAGAUCUGUGGGUCCCUUUCCCCCCUCCACCCCCGCGCUGCCCUGUGGGAGGCCAGGAACCACUUGCUCCGCGGGGAUGCUGGCCAGAAAUCUGAGUCUUUGGUCUCAAGUCUGAGUCCCUAUUAAAAACAAGCUUUUUCCGCCCAGAAAAAAAGCAGACAUGGGCGAGUUCCGAGUCAUGAAUCGAGAGCCAGUCAUUGAAAAAAAAAAUUGCCCCAAGUCGAGUCACCGGUGUGACUUAAGUCUGACUUGACAGCAAAUCCCGCAACUCAAGUCCCUUAACCCUGCUAGCCGGGAAAGCUAAGUGAAAGGUACGAAGUGCAUCAGAGAAUGUGUGUGUACUGUAUCAGAGGUUGGCCACUUACAACCCUCCAGAUGUGGUGAGACUUCUGGUCCCAUCAGCCCCAGCCAUUGGCUGAUUUUGGUUAGGGCUGGUGGCGGUGGAGAUACGACCACCUCUGCCCGCUCACUGGCCCCAAAGCAGUUCUCCUGUAGAGACUCCCAACUCACCUGCGCCAGGUGAACUUGGAGAUCGAAAUGAGAAACCAGAGCUAUUCAGAAAUGGUGUGUGUGUGUGUGGGGGGAGCCUUCUCUCUUCCUGGACCCCUUAUACGGAGUUGGACGGCGAUUCCACCAAGCUCA